CUCGCGCCUUGCGUCGCCUCCUCGCCAGGUCGCUCGCUGCAGUGAGGACGCUCCGCAGACUCGGCGCCGACCGGCUCCCGCUCCCGCGUCCCUGCGACCGCCGCGGCGAAGAUGGCCUCAGGAGUGCAAGUUGCUGAUGAAGUAUGUCGCAUUUUUUAUGACAUGAAAGUUAGGAAAUGCUCCACACCAGAAGAAAUCAAGAAAAGAAAGAAGGCUGUCAUUUUUUGUCUCAGCGCAGACAAAAAGUGCAUCAUUGUAGAAGAAGGCAAAGAGAUCUUGGUUGGAGAUGUUGGUGUAACCAUAACUGAUCCUUUCAAGCAUUUUGUGGGAAUGCUUCCUGAAAAGGAUUGUCGCUAUGCUUUGUAUGAUGCAAGCUUUGAAACCAAGGAAUCCAGAAAAGAGGAACUGAUGUUUUUUUUAUGGGCACCAGAACUAGCACCUCUGAAAAGUAAAAUGAUCUAUGCAAGCUCCAAGGAUGCAAUCAAAAAGAAAUUUCAAGGCAUAAAACAUGAAUGUCAAGCAAAUGGACCAGAAGACCUCAACCGGGCUUGUAUUGCAGAAAAGCUAGGUGGAUCCUUAAUUGUAGCUUUUGAAGGAUGCCCUGUGUAGAUCAUCAUUCAGUGCCACAAAUCAAAAGCUUCCAUGUUCAAUAUUAUCCUUUUGCAAUAUAAGUAAAGCAAGUAUGUUUAGGCCAGGAUCUCAAUAAGGGGGAGCUUGUCAUCUAUUAGAGUAAACUAAAUAUUCUAUACACAUGUGCAGAUGGCCCUAAAUAAAUAUAAAACCCUAAGUUUUA